CAAUUCCCAGUGGCCACCUACUAGUCAUCCUAAACAUGAUGCACACCAUGUUUGCGUGCCUCAAUAAAAAAGUAGAAGAAAAUCUCAAAGUCACAAAGGCAGUGUACAGAGAUGAGUUAAUAACCAAAAAGAAACCUUCAACAGUGCCAAGCAAGGCAUUAGUGAAGAAAAGUGUCCGUUUUGCGGACUCAGAACCUUCCAUUUUUGGAGAAGAUACCAAUGAGAAGAAGUUGGUGAAAGGAAGGUGUAGUAGUGAUGGUGAUGAAUCAGGAGGGAUUAGAGUGAAGCUAAAGAUGACAAAGGAAGAAGCGGCACGUUUGCUAUCAAAAUGCAAAGAAGGAGGAGUUCUCGAGUUCAAGGAUGUUGCUCGUGAGCUUGUGGCCCUCCCACUGAACCGAGUUAGUGUUGUGUCUGCUUUACACGAACGAUAAUGAUGCAUUGCUCAAGGUCGUUUUAUAUAAACUCCUAUCUCAAUAUGUUUCAUUAAGUUGUAUUAGUGAAAGAUUCAGAAAACUAUAUAUAUAUAUAUAUAUAUAUAUAUAUAUAUGUAGCUGUGUACUCUAGGAAAUUCUCAAGUUUUAUGCUAGACUACGUACUAUAUAUGAGAGAGUCGAUGAAGUAAAUUCAUGCCAUGUAAUUAUGUAUGAUAGUGAAUUUACUCAUAUUACAUAAGAAAGUUUUGUUAGUCCUAGCCUUAUGUACAGGAGUGUAUUAGCUAGAGUUAUACAAAUUAUAGAUGAGAUUAGGAAUUGAAGUCGGUUAUACUUGUUGGCUUUAUAAACUCCAUCUAUUGGUUCUUGUAAAAUAAGUUUUAUCAUCUCCAUCAAUACAAUUCUAUUUCCAGUUCGAUCUGUA